GUGGUUGUAUUGGUUGAGCGCAUGUCUAACAAAACAGACAAACAAUAAUCAACACAAAUUGAGUUCACUAUCUAUUCAAUUGAAUUAUUAAUUGAAUGUAUUUAUGAUUUUUAGAGAGAAAAAAGUAUUUAUUAAUUAUACAAACAAUUGAUUCAAACAAUUAAAUGGUUAAAGACUAACAUCAGUGACAAUUGAAAGAAAAACAAUUGACUGCAAAACAGUAUUGAUUUCAAACAUAUUAUAUGAUAUGAUGUGGAGAUUGACAUCAAAUAUAUGACUACAUUAACUGCAUUGAAUGUAACCAAUGAUCUGAUAAUUACAAGAUUAGUCAUAAUCGGUGAUAAUUUGAAGAAAUCAGACAUAAAAUGGUAUAUUUAUUAUUGAAAUCAUCGGUGGCGUCGACCCCAUUGUCUUCAUUGUCGAAGAUAACGACAUCCUAUAAGUUACUUUUGACGACAAAUCUCAGUCCAUCAUUGAAUCGGUGGUCUUCAAGCAAAGCGGCGAAUACACCAAAAGCUGAACCAAAGUUGGGUUCAAUUCCUUACAAGAAUCUGACGAUAGGAGUGCCUAAAGAGAUCUGGAAUAAUGAAAGAAGGGUUGCCUUAUCCCCGGCAGCCGUACAGACACUCAUCAAAAAGGGAGUGACAGUCAAAGUGGAGACCAAUGCCGGCUUAGGGGCAAAGUUCUUGAAUAAUGAUUAUGAAUCGGUCGGUGCAAAGAUUGUGGACCGAAAAUCGGUAUUUGAAUCGGACAUAAUCCUCAAAGUGCGACAACCCGUUGCUGACGAAUUGACUUCAUUUCGUAAUAACUCGACUUUAAUUAGUUUCAUAUAUCCGGCUCAGAAUAAGCCACUAAUUGAUGCAAUGUCUGCAAAACAAAUGAAUGUGUUUGCCAUGGAUUGUGUGCCCAGAAUCUCGAGGGCACAGGUAUUUGAUGCGCUCUCAUCGAUGGCCAACAUUGCCGGUUACAAAGCGGUCAUUGAAGCGGCCAAUCAUUUCGGCCGUUUCUUUACUGGACAGAUCACUGCCGCUGGUAAGGUACCACCGGCUAAAGUGUUAGUUAUUGGCGGCGGUGUCGCCGGUUUGUCGGCUAUUGGUACGGCUAAGAAUAUGGGAGCCAUUGUUCGUGGUUUUGAUACGAGAGCUGCUGUUAAGGAACAGAUCGAGUCAUUGGGCGCCGAAUUCUUAGAGGUUGACUUCAAAGAGUCUGGUGAAGGAAUCGGUGGUUAUGCUAAAGAAAUGUCAAAAGAGUUCAUUGAAGCAGAAAUGAAAUUAUUUGCCAAACAAUGUGAAGAAGUGGAUAUUGUUAUCACUACUGCUCUUAUUCCCGGAAAAAAGGCUCCGAUUCUUAUAACAAGAAAAAUGAUUGAAUCUAUGAAACCGGGAUCUGUUGUCGUAGAUCUCGCCGCUGAAACCGGAGGAAAUAUAGAGACCAUAAAACCGGGAGAAAUUUACUCAUAUAAAGAUGUUGUUCAUAUUGGACUAACAGAUCUACCGUCACGAUUGCCAACUCAGUCGUCAACACUUUAUGCUAACAAUGUAUCAAAACUUUUGUUGUCAAUGAAUGAUAAAGACAGUUAUUAUGUAGAUUUAGAGGAUGAAGUGGUUCGCGGCUCUAUUAUCCUAAAAGAUGGUCAACUUUUAUGGCCACCGCCACCACCUAAGGUAGGUCCAGUGAUUGCACAACCAAAAGAUACAAAACUGGCUAAAGCGCCUCCAAAAGAAUUACUUCCCGCCGAUUACUUUAAGGCCACUUUAAAAGACGCUCUUUUAUAUACCGGAGGAUUAGGUACACUAACCGGUUUGGGUGUUGUUGCGCCAAACGCCGCAUUUACAACAAUGACCACAACUUUGGGUCUCUCGGGUAUUGUUGGUUAUCACACUGUUUGGGGCGUAACACCAGCUCUUCACUCACCACUAAUGUCUGUGACAAACGCUAUUUCUGGUAUUACAGCAGUCGGUGGACUAUUAUUGAUGGGCGGCGGAGUUGUGCCAACUAAUUUGCCUCAAGCGUUAGGUGCCACUGCUCUAACCAUUUCAACUAUCAAUAUUGCCGGUGGUUUUCUGGUUACCAAAAGAAUGUUAGAUAUGUUUAAAAGGCCAACUGAUCCGCCGGAAUACAAUUAUUUAUAUGCCAUUCCUGCCACUGUAUUUACUGGAGGCUAUGCCUUGGCCGCAAUUAAUGGCUUACCCCAUAUUCAUCAAAUGACAUAUUUGGGUGCAUCCCUGUGCUGUGUCGGUGCUUUAGCUGGACUUUCGUCACAAAAGACAUCGCGUUUAGGAAAUGCAUUGGGAAUGAUUGGUGUCUCAUCGGGUUUGAUCGCAACAUUGGGUCUAAUGGACAUAACUCCUGAGUUAGCCAUUCAAAUCGCCGCGUGUAUGACGGGUGGGGGAGCUUUAGGUUUAGGGAUUGCCAAGAAAAUUGAAAUAACUGAUUUACCUCAAUUGGUCGCUGCUUUUCAUUCAUUGGUUGGUUUGGCGGCCGUAUUGACAUGUUUUGCGACAUAUAUUCACGAUUUCCCGACAUUUGCAACAGAUCCGGCGGCAAUGACUAUUAAAACUGCUUUAUUUUUAGGCACUUAUAUCGGUGGAGUCACUUUCAGUGGAUCUCUCAUUGCUUAUGGUAAACUUCAAGGACUACUCAGUUCUGCUCCACUUUUACUUCCGGGAAGACACGCUAUAAACUCGGCACUUAUGUUGGGAACAGUUGGUGCCGGUGCCUACUAUCUCAUGGACCCGAGCCAAAUGGCUGGACUAUCAUCAUUGGGAGCAACGGCUGCUUUAUCUACAAUAAUGGGCGUUACUCUGACAUCUGCUAUCGGUGGUGCAGAUAUGCCAGUUGUUAUAACUGUAUUAAACAGUUACUCCGGAUGGGCUCUUUGUGCCGAAGGUUUUAUGUUGAAUAACAAUCUGAUGACAAUUGUUGGCGCACUUAUUGGUUCCAGUGGUGCCAUUCUAUCAUAUAUUAUGUGCAAGGCAAUGAACCGUUCGUUGCCUAACGUAAUACUCGGUGGUUUUGGCCAAACAGCCUCCGGACCGGCUAAAGAAAUAACCGGAACUCAUACCGAAUGGAAUGUAGACACGAGCGUCGAAUCUAUAUGUGAGGCCAAAAAUAUUAUUAUUACCCCCGGCUAUGGCCUAUGUGUAGCCAAAGCUCAAUAUCCGUUAGCAGAAAUGGUUAAGAUAUUGAAAGAAAAGGGUAAAAAUGUUCGCUUUGGUAUUCAUCCAGUGGCCGGUCGUAUGCCGGGACAACUUAAUGUAUUGCUCGCUGAGGCCGGAGUACCCUAUGAUCAGGUGCUUGAAAUGGACGAAAUAAAUGACGAUUUUUCCGACACUGAUCUGACAUUAGUGAUCGGUGCCAAUGAUACGGUUAAUUCUGCCGCAGAAGACGAUCCCAACUCUAUAAUUGCUGGAAUGCCUGUUCUUAAAGUUUGGAAAUCCAAACAAGUAAUUGUUAUGAAACGAAGUCUUGGUGUUGGAUACGCAGCUGUGGAUAAUCCAAUAUUUUUUAAUCCCAACACAUCUAUGCUUUUAGGCGACGCCAAGAAAACAUGUGAUGCGUUGCUCAACAAAAUUAAGCAAAAUUAUGGCAUUGAAUGAAAUUUUUAUAAAUUUUAGGGACACAUAACUGCAAAAUAUUUAUUUUUGUCUAUAAUUAACGCAUAAUUAGGAAUUAGAUCAUAAAUGUUAAAAUCGCUCAUUUAAAAAAUCAAGAGUUAAAUUUUUACUAAAUCCAAU